AUGUCUGCGGUCGAAGAAACAACGGCUCCAUCUAAUGAGCAACCCACUGUUGUUUUGCCCCUUGAGCUUGUGGAUAAGUGUAUUGGUUCAAAAAUAUGGGUAUUGAUGAGUGGCAGCAAAGAGUUUGAAGGAACCCUUGUAGGGUUCGAUGAUUAUGUGAAUAUGGUUUUGGAAGACGUUACCGAAUUUGAAGCCGAUGGCUCGAAAACUCAGCGCUCAAAGAUGUUGUUGAGUGGUAAUCAUGUGUCGAUGUUGAUUCCAGGUGGUAAGCCAUGA